AUGGCGUCUGGUUCUUCUCACAAUCUCCUCUUCCUUUCUCUCAUCAUCCUAUCUCUCACAAUCGGAGCUUAUGCAAGACCAGGCGUUCAUUUCCAUCCUUGCAAAACCUUUUUCAUCUCAUCCUUCACAAUCUCAACAUUCAAACCCACCCAAUUCGAAAACCCUAAUUUCCCAAAUCAAAACCCAACAGAUUUCGUAACAAUCUUCACUGAAAUCAAUCGAUUCAAUCCUCACCACCACCAAUUACAACAACCGCAAUUACCAGAUUUACCUCAACAGCCAUUCGAGAUCUUCGUUCAGCGUCAACCAGAUUUUGAGUUUUCUAGAAGAAUUCCAAGAAUUCACCGUAGAUUCCAUAACCACAACCAUAAAAGUUUUGAUGAAACGUUUGGUGUGAGUUCUCUUCGUGAGAGGACUAAGGAUAUUCUUAGCGUUGUGAUGGCUCUUCUUUUUGGAGCUGGUUGUGGUGCUUUGACGGCUGCUACUAUGUAUUUGGCUUGGUCUUUGAUUACAAACAGGUAUGAAUUUGUUAGAUCUGAAGAAAGUGAUGAUGAUGAUAGUGAUUUUGAAUAUGAAAGUCCUAAGAAGAUGGGUUAUGUUAAGAUCUCUUCAGAUUCGGCUCCUGUUCAAGCAGUUCAGGUUCCUGCGCCUAAAGAAGUGUUGUAA